GUUUGGAGAUGGCCUCAAAGAGCUCAGCAUCAGCUGCCCUUUUCCUCUCCUUCAACCUUUUCUUCUUUGCUUUUGUCACUGCCAAUGACAGACCUUGCCUUUGUACCCGUUGCUAUUGCAACCCAACUCCAAAUCCCAGACCCAGACCAACUCCAAACCCCAACCCUAGACCAACUCCCACAACUCCAAACCCCAACCCUAUGCCAACUCCAAAUCCUAACCCUACCCCAACUCCCACAAAAUGCCCUAGAGAUGCACUGAAGCUGGGUAUAUGUGCCAAUUUACUAGGGUUGGUGAAUGUGGUUGUGGGAUCCCCACCAACACUCCCGUGUUGCUCUCUAAUCCAAGGGCUGGCCAAUCUUGAGGCUGCCGUGUGCUUGUGCACUGCCAUCAGAGCCAAUAUCUUGGGCCUCAUUCUCAACAUUCCUGUUUCCCUGAGCUUGAUCUUGAACGACUGUGGUAGAAGGGUCCCAAAUGGAUUCCAAUGUUAGAUGUUCAAUCCAUCUCUAGCUACGACCGUUAGAUGGCUUUAGUAUCUUCUGUUACCUUAUUUUUUAUGUUUGAAUAAACAACCCUCGUUGGUUCCUAGGAUUGGGAAUGCAUUUCUCAUGGCCUAGUAUCAUGGGUUGGGAUGGGAUGAUAUUGAUGCACUCAAUUGCUUUUGUAGUUAGAAAUUAAUGCUACUUUGUUAUGCAUACAUCUGGGCUGUAUGGCUUUGAAUAGAGAUGCUAAUUGCACGAUUUCACACGUGGAAAUGAGACACAUACGUGUAAAAUCAGACCCGCUUGUCACUCUAUACUGCGUGCCCAAAUUCCACCCAUCUAAAAUCAGGAUGGCAUGAUCAUCAUGUGGGCCACACAUAGACUUGAA